AAGGGAAAAGAAGAGUCUGCAGAUAAUGUUAAGUUUUUAGGGGACUGGAGGGCGUUUUCUGCAUGGAAAGAAGAAACACUUAAGAGAGAGUACAAAAGAGAGAAACGACAGGCAGGGCUCUCACCCUCUUCUCAGUGUUUGAAAUUUCAGAUGGACCCUGACCUGGAGUCUGCCCCACCACCCCGACACACACUGCCUCCUCAGCAAGGCGGAGCAUCACUCCCACAAGCGCUUCACCCACAGAAAGGGGGAGAAGUCGAGACAAAAAAAAAAACUGAGCCUCUGGAAUCUCUCCCAGCCUACCAGCCGCCUCCAGCAUCAGCGCCUCUCAGCGCUUCUCUGUCACACAUGAGAUCCGGUCUUGCAUAUGGUGAUGGAAAAGACACCCUCCUGGACCUGACCACGUGCUCACCAGUGGGUCCACAAGGCCAUAAUCUAAAGUCUGAAGUUCUUCAUCUUCCAAUGGUGGAAGUGGCUGGAGCUGACAGCGUGCUUCUAGUCUGCAGACCCUGGAUGACAGCUGACAUGAAGGAAAGCAUGGCUUCUCUUCCCAAUGUGAGAGAGGUAGGAGGAAAGAGAUUUGGUAAUGAACUGUUGAUGUUUUGCAGAGAAUUCUGACCGACCACCCAUGAACUUCGCCGCCUAAUCAUGACCAAGAUGGGUACAGAUUGGAACAAAGUUUCCAAAGAGCAGCCGGAAGCUGACCAGCGAAUGACUCCACCAGACUGGAGCGUGGCUGGCAAUGGUGAGUACAGAGAUACCAUCAUUGCUCUCUGUGCUCGUCUGGACAGUGCUUUUCCCUUGAACAUAGACAUUACUAAGAUCAGUAUGUGUAAGCAAGAAGAUGUGAAGUGGUGUCAGUGUUUCUCGCCCGUCUCACCGCCGCGCAUGAGAAAAAAACACAGUGGCCUGACCAGGCCCGUGACCCUGGCUGCAGUGGAGGGCACUCCUGAGCCUCACCAAGAUUGAGCAGUACACUGUGCAUGCAGAAAAGCUGCUGAAAGAGAAGGAGAAGACAAAGUCGGCACAAAGAGACCAAGACCUACACGCCGCCACUCUAACUCUUCUCCAGACUGCUCAGCCUGGACCUAGAGGAAGAGGUCGAAGUAGGGGCCGAGACAGGACGACCUGGAGUUACUCGUCCUGGAUAAAAGGCUCAACCUGCUACAACUGCAAUCAGAAGGGACACAUUGCUCGAAAUUGUCUCCACAGUAGCAGCCAGAGGCCCUGUGAGGAGUACAGAAAAGCAGACUGAUGGGUGGACUCCGGGAACGGGCCCCGCACAGAGAACAGGGGAGGUAACAAACACACACACACACCUGAUGAUACACAUACACAUAGACAGGAGCAUUCACAUAACAUUAAACACAUUAGUGGCAGCACCUGCAUGCAACAGCAAGACUACACGGAAACGCCCGAUACACCAGUCCAUAUAAAUACACCUGAAGUUGCAUUAAGUUUGUUAAAAUACACAACUACUCCCUUCUCUAAACUCCCUUGCAUGCCCCUCACUGUGUGUGGGCAUGUGUUAACCUUUUUAGUAGAUUCUGGAGCAGCACAUUCAGUGAUACAACAUGGGGUACUUCCAGUAGACCCACCGCUCAGCUCAAAUUCUAUUCAGACAAUGGGCAUCUCAGGACGACCUGUAACCGAAACUUUCUCAGUCAACCUCCCAUGUGAAAGCGAGGGAGGAAAAGUUACAUCCCACUCAUUUCUCAUCUCACAUACAUGUCCAGUAAAUUUGUUAGCAUGUGAUUUAAUGUGCAAAUUAGGAGUAAAUCUCACGUCCACUCCAGAUGGACUAACUAUUGAAGUAAGUGAAAUGUGCGGUGUGUAUAGGUUUGGAAGCCCUCUGUAUGUGUAUGUCUGGUGGCUCUGCUCAGAUCAACUCGCACAAACUCCCAAACACCUUGUACAGCUCGCACACUUGAACACCUCAUCAGUUGACACAGAUUAUAUGAAAGAGGAAGAUUUACACUGCACAGCACAUGUUCACCAAGGGCAAGAUGUAGAGUUUGAAAAGACUUGGUUUGCAGACCCCCAUGCAUGUGAAAGAUUGACCCUCAAACUAUGUAUUGAUCUAAACAUUAUUCCGCUGUGCAGGUCCACUUUACUUUUUGUCCAAACAGCUGCAUCAAUGUUCAUUGCAGUGUUCUCAAACAUGUUAUAUGCGGCCUCAUGUCCAAGGACUCUGAGGUCGACUGCUGCCAACAUGAUUUCUUAGACAUCAUUAGUUCUAUAUCCCAUGUCUCAUUAGCAAGGCCACGAGCCGCCCAUUGGAAAGACGUGGGGAGUGGGUCAAGAAGUGCGCAGCCAAUGGCAAUGAAUGGUCCCAAACAGAGGACCCUAGUGUGUUGUUUUGCCAAAAGCUUGAGGUCUACAAACAAAGUCAUGCUAAGUUAAGUGCAGCGUAAUAUUAGCCACUGAUGACCAGGGUCCUGGGGACCCCGGCCAUAGUGGCCUGUUUGUCUCUGUUUCCACAGGCAUAACUCCAGCAGAGGUGCACCCCAAAUUGGUGGGAGUUCCAAAUUCCGUUUGGGCAAAGGGUAAACAUGAUGUGGGCCUAAUAAAGAAUGCUGAACCAGUGGUGAUCACCCCCAAAUCAGAUUUCAGGCCUAAACAGACCCAGUACCCACUCAAACCAGAAGCAAUCGCAGGUAUAAGACCGGUCUUUGAUUCGUUGCUGAAGGCAGAUGUAAUUGUCCCUUUCCAGGGCUCUCCAGUGCGCACUCCUAUUUUUCCAGUUAAGAAGGCAAGAAAACUGUCCCAGCCCGAUGAGUGGAGGUUUGUCCAAGAUCUGCACGCAGUCAAUGCUGCGGCUGUCCCGCACGCGCCUGACGUCCCUAAAGAGCGCUCUGCAGACCACACCCACUCUGGGACUGCCUGACCCCAAUAAACCAUUUGUUCAAACUGUCGAUGAAAAAAAGGGUUUUAUGACCUCUGUUCUUUUGCAGAAACACGGGGAUAGAUUGAGACCUGUAGCUUACUUCUCCAACAGGCUGGAUCCAGUGGCGGCUGGACUCCCUGUUUGCCUGCGUGCAGUUGCUGCAGCUGAAAAGGCGGCAACUGCCUCCAGAAAUAUUGUGGGGUAUUCUAACCUCACCCUUUUGGUCCCACAUGCUGUCUCCCUGCUUCUGUUGGAGAAAAAGACGUCACAUUUGUCAGCACAGAGAUGGUUGAAGUAUAACACGGUCAUGCUUGAUAUGCCUAACAUCAUUGUGAAACGUUGUUCUGUUGUGAAUUCUGCCUCUCUUCUCCCUACAGAGGACGAUGGAGAGCCACAUGACUGUGUUGCUCUCACUAACGAUUUUUGUUCCCCCAGGGCAGACUUAAAGAGUGACCCUUUGGAAAAUCCAGUCAUGGUCCUCUAUGUGGAUGGUUCAGCCUCCAGAGACGGGAAAGAACAAAGUUUCUACCCCCUGUUUACAGCUAGCGGACCUUCAGAGCACUGCCACCCAGGACAAGAGACGAGUCUGGAAACAGGCCGGCUGUAUCUUUGCAAACUUGGUCUGGGUUUGUCCCUCGGGCCGUCCCUGUUUACCAAAAUACAUGUUCCCUUUCUAUGCAAAAUUGGCACAUGGACUCACCCAUGUGUCAAAAGGGGGGAUGGUAGCAGAAGUAACAAAGAGAUGGUUCACAAAUGGGUUUUCAAAUUAUGCUGCAAAAUUUUGCAAGCAAUGCUUGAUAUGUGCACAACAUAAUGCAGGUCAAGGUAUCAAACUAACUCAAGCAGCACACCCAAUACCAGACAAACCAUUUGAUCAUCUCCAAAUGGACUUCAUUGAACUGACACUUAGAGAGGGAAAAUGGGUCCCUUAAAAUAAACUAAGCAAAGCUUGUGCAGAAACAGGGCUAGGAUGGACAAAGGUCCUCCCUGUAGUACUCACACAAAUGAGGAUGCAAACUAGACCUAAACAUGGGUUAAGCCCAUUUUGAAAUUCUGUUUGGACGAGUACCCAACAUGGGGAUAGGGCCAGUUCAAGGAACACUGCCGGACACCACACUGUGUGAUGAUGCAAUGUUGAAUUACUGUGCAACGUUGUCCUCUGCUUUGAAAUCUAUCCACAAACAGGUAAAAGAAGCACUUCCCAAACCCACUGAGGGACCUCUGCAUGAUCUACAACCAGAGGAUUGGAUCAUGGUGAAGGACUUCCAAUGAACCAAGUGGAACAAGCCACGGUGGAAUGGCCCAUUCCAGGUCCUGCUCACGACCCCAAUGGCAGUGAAGGUCACAGGCAGUGUGAUGUGGAUCCACGCUAGCCACUACAGGAGGGUUCCUGAACCGGCUGAGCAGGAGGAAGAGGAAGGCCUAAGUGACCAGACGCUGACUAAAGCUUGUGAGGAAGAAAGGCAUCACUGCAUGGAACAGUGCAAGUAUCACAUCAAUCACGUACACACCCUCAAUAGGGAAGAGCAUUUCAGUGUCUAGCCGAUAGACAAGUCUUAGGGUUUCGAGUUUCCUCCAAGUCCCGGUGAGGUGGGACGAGGGCUGAUAGGGCGUGCCCGCCCUCUGAGCACCAAUACACGUCAAGAAGGGCAAGGGUUAACUCGGUAACAUUACUGAGGCACUGAACAAGAUGUGCAAGGUUGCUGAACAAUUAUGAGCAGAUGAACAUGGAGGAGUUGAAGACAGCUGAUCAUGUUGGUUUAGUGGAUGGAAGACUCUAAUUCUAUCCACCAUACCGGUCCUGGGCUUAGUGAUUGUGAUGCUAUGUUUGCUCCCUGUUUUCUGUCAAUGUUGUAUGUCUGUGUUUCAGAGGCAGCUGACAAAUAUUGGUUACCAGAUGGGAAAAUAGACUCAGAUGACUUACCUGACUGGCCUCCAAACCCACACAAAGACUAUAACCCACCGUUUGAUGAUAUCAGCACAGUUGACAUGAAUUAGUCCUAACUUAAAGCAAUUUCAUUUAUGAUUGUUUCCUGUUGUUACCCAAAUGAGGAUGGGUUCCCUUUUGAGUCUGGUUCCUCUCGAGGUUUCUUCCUCAUGUCGUCUGAGGGAGUUUUUCCUUGCCACCAUCGCCACAGGCUUGCUCAUUGGGGAUAGAUUAGGGAUAAAAUUAGCUCAUGUUUUAAGUCGUUCAAAUUCUGUAAAGCUGCUUUGCGACAAUGUUUAUUGUUAAAAGCGCUAUACAAAUAAACUUGAUUUGAUUUGAUCUGUUCUAUUAUUCCUGAUCUAUGUAUAUAGCUUGCUAGCAUUAACUUAAGAUGUCUAUGUCUUACAAAACAGCCUUAGCAUUAUCCCUGUACACUCAAUGACGUGUUAAGUCGAAUCUCUCUGGGAACUCUUAUAACUGAAAUUGUGUACAUUUCUUUUCCUUUAGCAAUUAUUAUCCUGUAGGAUAAAAAGGGGGGAGAAUGUGACGGAAAUUUAGUGGAUGAACAUUCAUAUUCUCUAUUUCUCUGUGUGUUGAGCUCAAGUGGCCUAAUAUACUGAGAAAGAUGUUUUUUCCAAUGUUGUAAUCAGGGCCGGUUCUGGAGGGGUAGCAACAGUAGCAUUUGCACCCAGGACUGGUGUGGAGAGGGGCCCCCAAAAAUAAGAUAGAAUAAAAAAUAAAGAGUUCUCUCUGUUCCUGAAUAAGUGCAUUACUGAGUGUCUCUGAGCAAAGGAGAGCCUGAACGUUGCAACCUCCCUAUUGGCUGUUUAUUGGUUGUUUGUAAAAAUGUACCAAUUGUUGCCCUUCCCACGGGAAUCAUCGCGGGCUUGAGAGACGAGACCUGACGAGUUAGUUCAUUGGUAGCAGAACAAAAUGUCUGGACACAAAUCGGGUUUUCAGAAAAGGAAAGAAAAUAAAUGCAGGGUCGAAAUUGAAUGGUUACUUUUUAAGGCAGUCCGCUGUGGCUGCAGGCUUAUUUAUUAUAGCCCAUUUAGUUAAAAUAGUUGAUGUAAAAUGUUUAUAGUUAUAGUUAUGUGAUGGUUGUCCUGAUUUAGACUGGUGCGUGUGUGAUUUUUUUUUUUGGGGGGGUUGCUCGAUGUUGCACCCGGGUCCAGAUUAGGGCAGAACGGGCCCUGGUUGUAAUCACUUUUCUGUGGCCUUGGUGGUAAUGAGCAGGGUGCUUGAGUUCGUCCUAACUACGCAUCUUCUCAUGAUGUAACCACCUUUCCUGACCUCGGUGGUGAUAAGCAGGGAGCUUGAGCUCUCCCUAACUUGCAUCCGCCUGCACAUACCAGAGCACGCCAGGUGCACGCUUUAACAAAGCUUCAUAGAAAAUCUUGAGCCAAUCACGUGAAGAUGCAAGCAGUAAGCGAAUGCCUUUAGAGUAUAAUAGAUAACAGCCACUAAAACACAACUCAGAGUACGCAUACUCUCGGCAUCAGAAGUGGUGUCUUCUCUUCUUUUCUUCUUUCCCUUCCUAUUUUAUAUAUCUGUUUAUAUGAUCUACUAUAAUAAAUAACUGAAAAGAC